GGCUGGCAGGGGGGAUCCCCAGGGAAACCCAAAGGCUAGGCAGCACCCCAGGAUCCCAGAUCCCCACAUAAAUCAAAGGGGCACACACAAAGCAAGCAGCCCCGAUAAUAAAUACAAAAUAGGCAGUAACAAUGCAAAUAAAUACACAAAAGAACCCAGAGCAGACACACUCUCUGAGUUAGACAGUGCUCACCUAGAAGCAGCAGCAAAGAAAGAGGAAGUGGGAGG